AUGGUUCUUCAAAAUGACAUCGAUCUCCUAAACCCUCCAGCUGAGCUGGAGAAGAGAAAGCACAAGCUCAAGCGUCUCGUGCAAACUCCUGACUCCUUCUUCAUGGACGUUAAGUGCCAAGGAUGCUUCAACAUAACAACUGUGUUCAGCCACUCGCAAACAGUUGUAGUGUGUGGAAACUGUCAGACUGUUCUGUGCCAGCCCACCGGUGGUAAAGCUAGGCUCACUGAGGGUUGCUCUUUCAGGAAAAAGUGAAAAAUCAUCAUCUUCUUUUCACAAAAUGUUGCUGUGAUAUUCAGUUUGUUUUUCUUGCUUUACUAGUUUUUAUUAUUAUGUUCCUUGUUACUUUUUUUUUCUUAUGAAAAGAUUUUGAAGACAUGAAACUACUACAGUAGUUGAGUUAUUAAUCCUAUGCUUUCUUUUAGUUUAAAUCACAUCACAGGCUGCUUCAGUUGUCUGGUU